AUGGGCUCCUGCUUCUCUUCCUGUCGUCGGCGCGUGCGACGCUCCGAACGUGAACCGCUCCUUCCCAAGAACCCCGACAAUCCCUCGUCCGACAUCCUUCCGCCUCCUCGGUCCCAUCUGCAGCAGCUCGGGGAUGUCCUCGCCGCCCUCAGCGCUGGCAAAAUGCCGUCCCAAGAGCAGAUCGACCAAGCGCUCCGCGCGCUCCUCAACACCGACCUGUUGAACGCCCAUGCUGGAAAGGCCGUCGCUGCAAGCGGAACCGCGUAUGGAAGCCUCGCAAGUGCGGCGGGGGGACUGAGCCCCCAUGGCAAGCUGCUGCUGGAUGAUGCCAAUGACAUCGUACAAGCGCUGCUGUCACUCGGCAUGCAGAAGAACGCGGAUGACAAGAUCCAGGACCUGCUCUAUCAAGCACGCAGGAUCGAUAGUCCACCCCUUGAAGCCGAUCUUGCCGUAGACGCAUCCGCAGAAGCAGUAGCCGCUGCUCAGGCCAUAGCCUCGGCGAUGCCGGAACCAACUCAAAUCGCCACCGACGCUCGAGCGCUUGUCGAUUCCACACUCACGCUCUCUCGCAUGUUUCUCACUUCGUCUACGUUCCGCGCCGUCUUUUCCGACGUAUCAACAUUCCUCCGAGAGAGGCUUGGGGACGCGGCCGUAGCGGUAGGAAACGCGGCCCUGGACGUGGCAGGCGUAGCUGAAGCCGUGGAUGACGUCGCCAAGAAGGUGGAGCGCGUCGCGUCCGUCGUCGAAGACGUGGCCGAGGACGUGGUCAACAUUGCCCACGACGCGGAGGAGGAAGUGCGAGAGGCUGGGACAGGGCCAGAGGAUCUCCCGGUGAAAGCGAAGGAAAUGGAAGAAGCGGCCGGGGGUGCGCAGGCGAGGGCGGAUGACGUGCUGCAUAGAACGCGGGAUGAGGCGCGGCGGACUCGAGAGGAGCUUGCUGAGGAUGCGAGGAGGCUAGGGGAAGACUUGGGCACGAUGAAGGCGAAUGUUGAGACUGAGACCCAGGAGCGAUGGAGGGAUAUGAAGCAGGAAGCACCCGACCGCAUGAAAGAAGUAGUCAUCCAACGAAUACUGGAGGUACGCUACGUUCAAACGAACGUCUUUCUCGAUCUUACCCGAAGCGCCCAUGUCCAGACCCUGAUCCAAGUUCAGCGAGUUCCGAGUUAUCGCGCUGCUUUACAGACGAUCGUCGCUCUCUUUAGCGAAUAUGCGCAGAAAAUCUCCGCCCUCACAUCUGUAGUUGCCGACGUGCAGACUACAAACCCGUCCCCGGCAGAAACGGGGUUGAAAGGCACGGACCCUUUCGCCGAUCCACCGACGACGACGGCUCCUGAGUCUCAUACGGACCCCAAUCCACCUGUACCAUCCUCUUCGGCUCCGCCUGUAACCGUCAUCCCGAUCAUCUGGACAGACCCCCACCUCGAUGCCGCCUUGGCCGAUCUAAAGAUUAUCCUCGAGCGUCUUGCCUCUGGUCGCAGCCUGGACCGCCUCCUUUCUCUCGUGGAGCGCUUGACGAAAAGCAUCGCCACAACGCCAGCCGAGUUGAUCCAAGUCGACGAUGUGGCGAAUCCGUUCUCGCAGGCCCGGGACUGGUUCGCUGCCGCGCGACGGUAUGUCACCGCCGCCAUCGAUGAUCCCCAGUAUGCGGCUUCUCGGGUGGGCACCAGGACCGCUGAGGAACUGUACGACCGCGCCUCCGAUAUCCUCGCCAUCUCGCUGCAGGGCGAUACGGAGUUCGGUCGCACGCUGCGGGAACUCUGGUCCGAGCUGGACGCAUUCGCACACGCUAUAUCCUCUGACGCUGCCAUCGCGCGCCUGGUUCGCGCCCUGGGCUCGCUCUCGGUUCACCUCGCCGCUUUCAGCCCCACCGCGGAGGCAACACAUGCCGCCCUUCGCAUACGCAAGCAGGUUCAGCACGACCUGCUGGUGUGGGUGCUGCCGCGCCUCCUUCGUCUUCUCACGACAUUCCCGAUGCCUCGUGUCGAGUUCACUAGCCCAUCGUUGGACGCGGCCGUCGACGCGGUCAUGGUCACCGCGCGCAGCUUCGGCGCGUCGUUGAUCCCGGAUCGUGUCAAAGUCGAGAACUGGAGCGAAGUCGACCUCGACCUGGCCCAAUCCGUGUCGAAGGCCAAGAAUCGCGUCAGGCUGCACGUGGACGGCCUGCGCGUGUCGGCGAGGGACAUCGCGUACUAUGCGCGCUACAAAGGCCCCGCGAUCCUAGGAUACGAGGACGAAGGGUUGCUGAGCAUCGAUAUCGGGGGAAGCGGCCCGGACGCGGUUGGCGAAGGACUCCGAGCCUCCGUCGAUCUCGAGAUGGACGCCGACUGGGCCUCCAGCGAGCUGAUAAAUGAGAGCGAGGAAGCCGGACCGAGCCCGCUAUUCCACGUGAACGCCGUGAAGGUCGAUGUUCCCGGGAUGCACUUUGCGAUCGAUCGCAGCAAGCACUGGAUCAUCAACAAGGGCAUUCUGCAGCCGCUGGCCGGUCCCAUGGCGCGCUUCGCCGUUGGCUGGGUACUCCAAAGUCAGAUCAAGAACGCGCUCGAGGCUUUCGCCCGUGUCGGCGGCAGCGUGCAGAAGGACGCAGUCAGCGGCGCGUCGGAGGGACAACCCGGGAUUUGGGACUAUUGGCGAGCUCUGUCUGCCCAUUAUGCAGGAUCGUCGGCCUCGCAUCAGGACGAAGAGGAGGAUGAAACACAAGAACAGACGACGAGCUACACGACUGCGACGAUGAAGGGCAUCAUUCAUACCACUCAAUCCUUACCCAAGGAUGGCGCGUCGUCCUCGCAACCUUCGUCAGCUGCGGAAACCACCAUUGCAGUAGGCAUCGGCGCCCAAGUACUCCCCGGAAAGGGUGGCCCUCACGAUCACGACGCCCACGAGCCUGAUCCCGAGCCGGCGAGGCGCGUGCUUGACCAGGUAGAGAGCGAAGUCGUAGGCAAAGUGCAGAAGACGGAGGGGGUCGUGGAGAACACAAGACACGACAUCGAUGUGGCGCAGGCGCGGAAGCAAGUGAGAGAGCGUUUGGAGCGGAAGAGGAGUGGGUGGAGGAGCGCAGCGUUCGACAUUUGA